CGCAGAUGGCACUGGGGACGGGGGGGACAUGUCCCCCCCAGAUUCAUAGUGACCCGAUCCGUCCCCCCCUACGAACGGGGCAGAGCAAGGUGACACACAAUAAUAAUCUACACCGGUCACUAUUACUUUGUAGUCACGUUCUCACUACACGCUGUUCUGCUGUCAAUAAACACACGAUACCUGACGUUUACGCUCUGUGUGUGUGUGUGUGUGUGUGUGUGUGUGUGCGCGCGCGUGCGUGCUUGGCUUGCUACGACUCCUGAGUGACGCCGGGAGGGUUGCCAGGUUACAACAAAACCCACCCAAUUGCUACUCAAAACAAGCCCAAUCGCGUUUCAGGGGGACUGCUUCCCCAGUAAAAAUCACAUUUGGUGUUGCUUCAACCCGCGACAUGAAAAACAGCCCGCGGAAAUAGUGAUGAAUUAGCCCAAUUCUGCGGGAAAACCCAUAUGGAAAACCGCGGACUUGGCAACGCGGGGUCCUAUGAGGAGCUGGUAGCUGCCUCAAUCGUGCCUGUAGGACUUAGAGCGGUAACCAUAGUGAUCAUAUACUAUGACUGAGCUGACACCGACUGAGUCGGUGAUUUCGGAAUGAAGAGACAAAAAACAAUCACCUCGUUUUUUAAAAAAACAAACAAUGCAAUUUCUGAUGACACUAAGGCAGGGCCUAGUCAGUCAACUGAGGAUCUGCAGGAGGGCAGCCACAGUAGAAAAAGACAGCAUGAGGAAGGAGAGACAGAGGAAGCAGGGACGGAAGAACAACAAGGAGGGACAGUAGAAUUGCAGACAGACGAAGCAGGGACAGAACAACAAGGAGGGACAGUAGAAUUGCAGACAGACAAAGCAGGGACAGAACAACAAGGAGGGACAGGUGGCAACACAGAGGGAGAGGAUGUUGACAUGAUAAUGACAUAUACAAAGCCAAAUCAACCUGACCCUAAAGUUUUGCAUAAACAAGUGAUGAAAGACCGGACACUGACAUUCCAAAAAUCAUGGUAUGAGAAGUAUCCUUGGCUGCAUGUUAGUAUGGGUACAGAUAGUGUUCUGUGUUUUCAUUGCUCUAAGUACUUCAAGAAAGGGAAACCAGCACAAGCCAAGAGUAUAGACCCAGCUUUUGUCAGUACUGGAUUUAAAAACUGGAAAAAAGCUCUUGAAAAAUUUUCCAUGCAUGAGAAAUCAGAGGGUCACAACAUUGCUGUUACAACUGCUGCCUAUGAAAACAGGCCAGUUACUACACAGUUGAGCAGUGGAGUCAGUACACAGCAGGCAGAAAACAGAGCUAGCCUGUUAAAAAUAAUAGGGGGUGAGAUGUUUCUGGCGAGGCAGGGAUUGGCCUUUAGGGGGCAUGAACAUCAUCAAGGUAACCUUGACCAGCUUUUAAAAUACAAAGCUGAAGAUGAUCAACCUUUCUCUAGGUGGUUAUCUGCAAAGAGGGGGGUGCACACAUCUUGGGAUUGUCAAAAUGAGCGUAUAAAUUUGAUGAGUUCAUCGAUUAUCAGGACAAUUGCAGAUGAGAUCCGGUCCCUUCCAGUGUUGCAGUAUUCGAUAAUUAUGGAUGGGACAAGGGAUAUCUCUGGUGUUGAGCAGGAGGCGCUGUGCCUACGUUAUGUUGACACUGAUUUGCUGGUGCACGAAGACUUUAUAGGGUUGUAUGAAACAACUUCUACAACAGGUGAAAACCUUGCCAGAAUCAUUUUGGACGUUCUGUUGAGACUGAAUUUGCCAAUAUCUGGCCUCAGAGGUCAAGCAUAUGAUGGGGCUUCAAAUAUGUCUGGAAAGUACUCAGGUGCCCAGGCUGUUAUUCAGCAAGCACAGCCACUAGCUCCAUAUAUACAUUGUGGAGCACACUGUGUUAAUUUAAUUACACAACAAGCUUGCUCAGCCUCCAGUGUUGUGCGAAAUGCACUUGACUGGAUACAUGAACUUGGCACAUUUUUUGGGCAGUCUGGUAAGCUGAAAGACAAGUUUAAAGCCAUUGUUGCAGCUGAAGGGGAAGGGCCAGCCCUGUCCAUCAGGCCUUUAUGUCCCACUAGGUGGACUGUACGCUCACCUGCUAUCCGUGCUGUUCUCAGCCAAUAUGGGAUGGUACUAAAUGCACUGGAUGAGAUGGCUGCAAGUAAUUCUGGAUCUGCAAGCCGGGCAGAGGGCUUACGUGUUCGACUGCAACAGGGUAAUGUUGUACUGGGACUUCUCCUUGCUUUAGAUGUGAUCAGUGAACUAGAGGUUCUAAAUGCAUCUCUCCAGAAAAACACUCAGACAGUGGAGGGCAUGCUCUCUGCAGUUUCUCUGGUCCAAGAAAGUUUGAAAUCCAAAAGAAACACUGAACACUUUGAUGCAGUCUUUAAGGAUGCAGAAGACAUGUGUGGCAAUCUGUCUCUAGAGACCAUUAUUCCACCACGCACACAUAGGCCCCCUAAGAGAUAUUCUGGGCAGGCUCCUGCAUACACACCUGGAUCAGCUGUGGAUUUUUACAGAGUAGAGUUCUACCGUGUCCUUGACACAGUAGAGGCACAAACUACUGAAAAGUUUAUGCAACCAGGCAUUCAAACUUUAAAAGAACUGGAAAACUCACUCCUGACUCCCAUUACAAAUAACGCAGCAGUUUGUAAAUAUCCUGAACUGAACGAGGAAAACUUGAAAGUCCAAUUAGCCAUGUUUAAAAACAAGUACAAGGUCAGCACAACUGCAGAUGCUGUGCAUGUUUUGAGAGAAAUGCCCCCUGAAGUCAGGGGCCUAUUUGAUCAGGUAGAGACAUUAGUAAGAUUGUUGAUGGUGGUGCCCAUAUCAUCUGCUGAGGCAGAGCGCAGUUUUAGUGGGUUACGCAGGUUGAAAACUUGGUUGCGAUCAACCAUGACACAAAAAAGACUCAAUGGCAUUGCUGUGUGCCAUAUUCACCAAGAGAGACUUGACAGACUGGACAGACAAGAAAUUGCCCAGCAGUAUGUUCAGGGUAAUGAAAGGAGGAGAGAUGUUUUUGGGUCCUUCAUUAAGUAAAUUUGUUUGGCUGCACUAGACGGAAUUUCUCAUACUCCGUAUACAUACUUAUUUUUAUUUAUGUAAAUAUGUUGUUGUUGUUAUUUUAUUAUUAUUAUUAUUAUUUUGCACAUAGGUUCUUUGCUUUUUUUGUUCAUAAUGAUAGCCUUUCUAUGCUGAGAUAAGCAAAUGUUUAAAUAAAACAUACUUUGCUAAAGACAAAUUAAGUUUUGGUGGGUGAUUGGCAUACUAGUAAAUAACAGUCUGAUCAUGCAUUGCUAGUGGUGAUCAGGUAGGCCUUUGUUUACCUUUGUUCAUUGUUGUUUAUCCGUGAUUCCAAAUAAGAAUCCCCCAAUGGCUUUUAAGUGCAAAGCAUUAGCCCAAAUUUUGCAAAGUAACUACUUGAGCACAAGUUAAAGCCCAAAUUACGCCAAAUAACUAAUUGAGUUUAAAUCAUUUGCUGACAGCUUGGUCCCCCCCAGUUACAAAUUCCUAUCUGCGC